AUGAAUACUCCUUCUGUCCAAGCGGCACAAAUAGCUUCGGACAUUUUGACGCUUCAGUUAGUCGCCAGAGAUACUCGCUUAACAGUACCGAUCGACGACAUUUUCCGACUGUCCGCUCAAUUGUGUGACGGGCUGCUUGUCAAAUGUGAUAUGAGGAACCGAGACACUUAUCGCAUUAUUACCUCCCCUUGGUCGAGUUGCUCAGAUCGCGACGGCGAGCGACAUGUCAUCUUCGUUGCCGUCGAGCUUGUAGAAAAAACAACAUUUAGUGAAGGCUACGACAAUGAUAGCGUCAUCCAACUCUUCCCAGGAUUGGACGGUCCACUUACAGAUGUUUUCAAGCUCUGCUCUUCUUAUUCUUCCACCAGAUGUAUAGAUUCUCCAAUAUCUGUGACAGAAGUGAACUCUCUCAGUUCCAUUAACCCUAGUCGACCCAUCUCUUUUUCGUGGCAUGAUAUUUGUCGACGAUCCUUCAAAACAAUCCCCGUCUUCUUUCUGCUUUUAGUUGUCUAUCCGCAAUGGCUCCAUUUUCUUCUUUGUGUCUCCUUGAAACUUUGCUUUUUUCUUUUCUUUAGUUUUUCUUCUUUUAUUUGCAAUCCUUCCUUUCAUCAUUAUUUUUUCAAACCAUUUACGUGUAAAUUUUAUCUUUUCCCUUUUUGCUUUGACAAACAUACCGAUAUCUAUACUAACCUCACCUUUUUGUUCGUUCGUUUUUAUCCCCUUAUAAAUGAAAAGAUUCUUUAA